UUGCUUAGACUUUACGUUUUAAACCCUGAGGUUUACUUUCUUUUAUUAAAACUCUCAAAUAAACCACUCCAUUGCUGUCUCUAUUUUUUUUCUUCCCGAAGAAUUUCGGCUGAGACUAUAUCGGACCCUAAACCUCUCUAGCGAUCCAGUUUCAGUUAAGUGCACAUCUUCAAAAUCAAAACUUCGCGCCGUUUCAAGAGUGGAAUAACCAACUUCGUGUCGUUUUUAGUGUAGACUCAGACCUGGUUCUGUGCCUUGGCCCUUGCCUGCUUCUUCCACCGAGAUUCGCUACUCGAGAAAUGAGAUGGCUGAGGUAUCUAAACCAAUGGCGUGGAACAGCGAAAGAAGCAUUCGAUCAAGUUUCAAUCGUAGCCAAGUUCCUCUGUUUGCUUCACGUCACCGAUCGUUAUAUAAUCUCCUCCACUCACGUUCAAGGUCCUAGCAUGCUUCCGACGCUUAAUCUCACCGGCGAUGUCAUUUUGGCGGAACAUGUGUCGCACCGGUUCGGUAAAAUUGGUCUUGGUGACGUUGCAUUGGUUCGGUCUCCGACAGAUCCAAUGAAGAUGGUGACAAAGCGUGUCUUGGGUUUAGAAGGGCAUAGACUCUCUUUCUAUGCUGACCCAUUGGUCGGUGAUGACUCAGUCAACGUUGUGGUUCCAAAAGGUCAUGUUUGGAUUCAGGGAGAUAACGUGCAUGCUUCAACUGAUUCACGUAAUUUUGGACCUGUGCCUUACAAUAUUAUCGAAGGGAAAGCUCUUCUGCGGGUCUGGCCACCACGAUGCUUUGGGUCAUUGAGGUGACGAUCACAUUCGAGUUGUUUUAGUUGCUUUUGGAGUAAGAUGUGUCAAGAGAUUAUUGCUUCAGCGAUUUUGUUCAUACUCGUUCUAGUAAUGUUAUCAUUUAAAUUUUGAUAAAAUCACAGAAGUCGGAUAAGCAUUUUUGCUCUGUUUCCUUGUUGGCAAUAUUAGAGGAAGCCAUGGACCUGAAGUUGGGAUUAUACAUGAAGCUAUAUAUCUAGUGUUAAGAUU